CUGAACUGGCACAACAUCUUUGGACUUUCAGCUUUGGACACUUUUUGCAGCCAUGGCUGACUGUCGACAAAUCCUGCUUCUGGCAAUGCUGGCCUUAACAAGAGCCGACAUGUACCUCAACAAUCCGCGUGGCUCCAACAACAAGCUGCGUGAGCAGAGCAACAACGUGCAAAAUGCCAAUCGCUUGUUCGAUUCGCAGAACAAUGCAGCUUCAGGGUAUCAAAUCGGAGAUGACUGCAAGCCAACCUGCAAGGAUGGCAAUGCUUACGAUGUCACCAAGGAAGGCGCUACAAAGGGCACCAUGAAGUUCUACCAAGGAUCGGAGCUUUACAUCGAAUGGCAUCAUCAGCAUGGAUGCGGAGUUGGGCAUCCAAACGUUCGUUGCCAAAUCAUCCUUCAGUACAUGAGCGAAAGUGACAAUGUCAAUCUGCGUGAUGGCACAGAUCAAAUAACCGCUGGUGGAGAUGAUCAAAACGACCCCACCGAAGAUGCCACUGCUGAGCCCGGUCGUGGCUAUCAUGAGCCCUUGGAUUUCUAUCAGGCGUGUGCUUCACGGGAGCGAAAUCAGGGCCUCUACACGGCCGAUCAGCGCCUGCAAAGCACAGAUGCCACGUCCACGCGACAAAACCCCAAUGGCAAUGGUCGUCGCCGUGGGCAGCGCCAUGGCCUUGAGUGUCCCGAGGAGAGAGAUUACUAUCCAUACUGGCAUCCAUCCGUGUGGCAUGAUAUUGCCAUUUUGACGGACGAGCCGGAGAUUCGAUGCGGUUACUAUCAGGCGGAAUCGCAGAACGUCAAGGCCAAAGGAAUUUGCUCCAUCGCUGCGCACAACAAUCCAGAUGCUUGUGCCGCGAAUGGCGGAGAGUGGAGGGAGGUGCCGCCCUUCAAUGAGCCACCUCCCGAGUGCACUGGCGGCAUUCAGAGCCGCGACAAUCACAACGGCAACGUGCGCAACGGUCAGCCACACUAUUAUUUGUGGAGGAUCCCCUACUACCUGAAAGGCCGCACAGUGCUCCGCAUCCGCUACAACAUCACUACUGGAGACUUUCGAUACGGCUCCCUGGCACACCCCAAGGAGCAGGAUGCAGAACUUUCAGGUGAGAAAGCAGAUGCUUUCUUCAUGGACAAGAGCUUCAACGAUCCCAAUCCCAACAACCGCCGCCGAAGUAUCUUCAAGGGUCGUCCUGAAGUGCCAACUCCUUUAGCACAAGACCCGGUGGCCGAUUGGGUCGAGCUGGGUGACGACCGUUUGCUUCAGCUUCAAGUGAACACCAACCAGUUCGGCCGCACCUUCGAGGAUCGAACCCACAGCUUCAUGGUCAUGGAGAGACCUCAGAAUGUACCAGGAGACAAGAAGAUCAUCAACUACAAUGUGCGCGGUCGGCGUGGGAACAUCGUCCAGGUGUAUCCAUCUGUGGAGUAUGACUUUGUACCUUCCAACUUGGUGGUGGAGCAAGGCACUUUGCUCCACUUCCAAUGGACUGGCUCAGAUGCCAAUGCCAAUGGAAAUGCAGGCAAUGGGCGCACGGGCACUGACCGUUCGAACCUGGUUCAACUGCAAAGCCAAGAUGAGACUGUGCCGCUGCCCAUGGACAAGCAUACCCUGCUGUUCAAUGCACUUGCGAAUCCCAAUGAUGAGGAGGGAAAGAACUUGGUGAGAAAGUUUGCCUACCUGGACCAGGAGAGCAUUGUGACAUGUGAUCCCGCAACCAAUGACCAGCAGUCCGAGACCAAUUGCAAGCAGCUCAACGGAGCUUCGGCAUACUUUGACGGCGGCCUGGUUGAAAUGAAGCAAGUGGGUAAACACUACGUGGCCAGCACUCGCAACAAUGACUUCAGCAACAGAUCUCACAAGGCUGUGAUUGUGGUCACGGGAAUUCAGCUGGAAAACUACGAAAAUCUCAUCCUUGGCAUAGGUGUUGGCGUUGGCGUCCUUAUCCUUCUCUACCUUCUGGCGGCACUCUGGGCCUACAGGCAUCCGGGCAGUUGGCUGUUCUCCAGCCGCUACCGGCCUCGCAUCUUGCGAUGGGUGCUGAAAGAGGAGAGGAUGCUGGAGCUUGUCGAGCAACGCCGGCAGAUCAAGUCCCAGCAGAGGAAAGCCUGGGCAAAAAAAACGGGUGCAGCUGGUGCCUACAUGCAGGAUGAAGAGGGCACUGGUGAUCAGGCCACUGAUUUGGCCAUGCCGCCUGAUGAGAAAGUGACCUGGUUUCAAAGCUUCAACCGCACUUGCCGCCGAUGUGGUCUCGGAGAACAGCGACUCACCACGGUCAUGUACGGGAUGCUGAACCUGGUGGUUUUCCUGAUCGGCUUCCUGUCGAAUCUCAAUGGUGGCUUCCAGGGCUCCUGGGCCUACCCAUUUGCCAAGGGUGGAGGCUAUAGCAUGGACUUGAACUUUGCGAUGCUCGUGCUACCAACACUUAAGAGCUUACAAACAGCUACCAGGCGUGCCAGCUCAUCUCGGGAGUGGAUUCCAACUGACGAUCCGAUCAACUUUCACAUGGUCAUUGCCGGCUUCACCUUUCUUGGAGCCUUGAUCCACAUCAUCGCGCACAGCGUCCACAUCUAUGGGAUCCAAGCGGCACCACGGAUUCAGAGGGAUCCCUUACAGCUCUGGCAGAUGACGGGUGAGGAGAUGACCAGCGGUAUGUCUUUCUGGCUCCAGUUGAUCAACCUCCAAAAUCGCUGCGCUGCGCUCACUGGCGUCAUUCUCACAGUGAUGAUGUUGGCAAUCCUACUGACAGCGAUGUCAUGUGUUCGCCGUGGGACUAACGCUCUCACGCGUCGGCUGGGCGGCUUUAAUUUGUUCUGGCGCGUGCACAUGUCUUGGAAGUUGAUCUAUGUUCUGCUGCUGAUUCAUGCACCAGCCAGGCUUUGGAUUUGGUUCUUCUUCCCGGCCAUCUUCGUUUUCAUGGAUCGUUUGCUGCUUCAAACUCACCAAGAGAUGUAUGUAUCAUUGAGGUAUGUGAAGCUUCUGCCCAGAGAUGUGAUCAACUUGACCUUUGACAUACCCCAGGGCUUUGCCUAUCAGGCAGGGCAGUACAUUUUGCUCGGCUGGAAGGGUGAAUGGCAUCCCUUCACAUUGACAUCAGCUCCAGAGGAGGAUUGCGUCCAUGUGCACAUCCGAUCUCCCAAUAGCCUUGACUGGUGUUCGGCGCUUCGGAAGCGCUUAACGGAAGAGGCUCCAGCGCAGGCGGUGGGCGAAAGUCCACAAAAAGCGCCAAAGGCACCUCAACAGUUUGAUUAUGUGAAGAGAACGUUGGCUAAUAGUCAUGUGGUGUUCAACGUGCCCAGGGAGGUCUUCCUCCCAGGUGGCCGCAGCAAUGAUGAUGGAAAAGCCAGCGCCGUUCCGGUGCCAGAGUUGCCAGGCCAGGUCUCUCCACCAACGCUGCCGCAUGGCGCGAGUGAGAGCAAGCCAAAACUGAGAGAAGGAUUUGGGGACACCCCUGCCUCCAAGUCCGGAGAAAGCUUGACAAGUACCACAGCGAUGACCAUGCUCCCGCCCGAGGCUGUGGUUCUACAGGUGACUGGACCUUUCGGUGCUCCAGCGCAAAAGGUUUGGGGCUUUGACACGCUCAUGGUGGUCGGUGCAGGAAUCGGUGUGACGCCCUUCGCCUCCAUCCUUCGGUCGGUACAACUCCGUGCCAAGCAGAGAGAAAGCAUCCUGCGUCGCAAGGGGUCAGAUGCAUCACUGGAGAAGAUGGUCAAUGACCUCAUCCAGGUUCCAAAAAAGAUCUAUUUCUAUUGGAUCUGCCGUGGUCAGGAGAGUCAAAGCUCUCUUCUCGUUCUAAUUGAAAGUUAUUGGCUAGGCAGUGGUGCAGAUCGGAGUAGUAAAGACAUGACGCGGUCAGGAAGAAUUCGACUGGUUUUCCCACUUGCUGUCUGCUGCUGCAGAGGGCCAGCUGCAGGCAUCGUUGAGAUCACUUUGUUCUUGACUGGUGAGCAUGAGUUAUCCCAGGUGAAGAAGCUGUCCUGUGCCUCGGGACAAUUCUUUGGGCGUCCAAAUUGGAACCGGAUCUUCAAGCAGAACAAGGACAAGCACAAGGGUGAGCAUAUCGGUGUUUUCCUGUGUGGAUCGCCGGUGAUCGGAAAAGAGUUGUCCAAACAAAGUCAUCAGCAUUCAGAUAUGGAGGGUCCUGGGGCGACCAGAUUCUCCUUCUUCAAGGAGCACUUUUAAUGCGCCUGUGUAGUCAAGGCCCAGUAAGACAUGGCGGCAGAGUCCGUGGUGGCUUCAACUGGGUGAGUGAUUUGCGAGGACCUGAGACGACACCGGAGGGGAUGGAGGGGACUGAUCUGCGAAGACCCUGUUUCGAUGCCUCCUUUUUCAGCCUCUCCUCUCCUCUGGCAGAACUUGAGUUCGUUUUCCAAGGGCACAAGAAGCCCAUUGUGAACUCAUAGGAGCAGCACUUGCGACAUGCCACCGAGUGCCUCAGAUUGAGCUGCUUCAUG